AUGAAGGAAGAAGCGUAUGUGGGAAAAGUCUUUCCUCCAGGUGUGGCCGAAGAUGCUGCUCUGGAGAAUAUGGGUUAUCGUCCGGAACUCAAGCGAUCAUUCAGCCUUCUGGGCAUGAUUGGCUUCUCAUUCUCCAUUGUUACGAGUUGGAGUGCCCUAGGUGGUGUGCUUGUCACAGGUGUCAAUGCUGGUGGUCCACCAGUAAUGAUUUGGGGAUGGGUGGGCAUCAGUAUCGUCUCUCUAUGCGUCGUCUACUCCAUGGCAGAAAUGUGCUCUGAGUAUCCCGUUGCCGGAGGCCAGUACUCAUGGGUUUAUAUUCUCUCACCGAAACCGGUGAGGAGACAAUUCUCCUAUCUGACCGGAUGGUUUAUGAUAAUCGGUAUUCUUGCCAUGGGCGCAACCAACAGCUUCAUCGGCGCAAACUUCAUCCUAGGUCAAGCGAACCUCGUUAACCCAUCAUACGUGAUUGAGAGGUGGCACGCGGUCCUGGUAGCCUAUGCGGUGACUUUGAUUGCGACAUUCAUCAAUCUAUGGGGAUCCAAGAUUCUGGACAAAGUAUCUACAGUUGCGCUCAUCUUCAAUAUUGCAUCAUUUGUUGUGACGGUCGUCACAAUUCUUGCGUGCAACACCGAAAAGCAAAGUGCUAGUUUUGUCUUUCGGGACUUUCAAAACUUUACAGGAUUUGGCACAGCUAUGGCUGGGAUUAUUGGGAUACUACAGCCAGCUUUUGGCAUGUGUUGCUACGAUGCACCAUCCCACAUGACUGAAGAACUAAGAGAUGCUUCUAAAGAAGCUCCCCGCGCGAUGGUUCUCUCGGUUUACAUUGGAGCCAUAACAGGAUUCAUCUUCCUCAUCGCCGUCUGCUUCUGCGUCGGCGACAUCGACGCUGUUGCCAACACACCUACUCUGGUUCCACUCAUUCAAAUUUACGCCGAUUCAACAAAUAGUCACAUUGGAGCAUGUUUCCUAGCAUCCAUGAUUGUAAUAAUCAACGUUGCAUCCUCCAACGCGCUGCUUGCGGAGGGAAGUAGAAGUCUUUAUGCGUUCGCUAGAGACCAUGGACUUCCAUUCUCGAGCCAAAUCAGUAAAGUCAGUGCUAAACAUCAAGUUCCUGUUGUGGCUAUUAUUAUUGGAAGUGUAGUACAAAUGGCAUUUAACAGCAUUUACUUUGGAACCGUCACAGGAUUUAACACGGUAAUCGCCAUUGCGACCGAAGGAUUCUAUCUCUCCUACGCCAUGCCUCUUCUCGUGCGCUUGAUAUCUCAUUUCGAUGGUUCGCAUCGACAACUUACAGGACCCUGGGCUAUGAGACCUGUGGUUUCAUUGCUAGUUAAUGGAGUUGGUCUUGCAUAUUUACUUUUUGCUUGUAUUACAUUUAAUUUUCCCUCUGUAUACCCGGUUACUAGCGACAAUAUGAAUUAUACAUCUGCGGCAAUAGGAGUCAUUAUGAUGGUGGCAGCGAUGACUUGGGGAACUACAGCCAGAAAGAGGUUUUCGGGACCGGAACUUGAGUGUGUGGAUGUGGUGGCGGGUGUGGAAAGGACAGAUUCGGAUGAGAUGAGUAGAAGGGAGAAGAGGGAAGAAAAUAAGAGUGGUUGA